CGGCGGCGUGACGACGACCAGCACCCGGCUCGGUCAUGGCCCAGCCCGGGGCGGCCCCGGCUUCGGAGUCGAGCGACGCUCUCCUUCAACGAGUAGCAGACCUGGAAAAAGUCAAUGCUGAAUUUCUACGCACAAAGCAGCAACUUGAGCAGGAAUUUAAUCAAAAGAGGGCAAAAUUUAAAGAGCUGUAUCUGGCUAAAGAAGAGGAUCUGAAGAAACAAAAGGUAGUAUUGCAAGCAGCACAGGAUGACCUGGAGCAGCUGCGAACGCAGCUCACGGAAGCCCAGGCUGAAAUGGAGAACAUCAAAGCGAUUGCUACGGUAUCUGAAAACACAAAGCAGGAAGCGAUUGAUGAGGUGAAAAAACAAUGGCAGGAAGACGUUGCCUCGCUUCAGGCUAUAAUGAAAGAAACUAUCCGUGACUAUGAACUCCAGUUUCAUCACAGGCUCGAGCAAGAGCGAGCUCAGUGGAAUCAAUACCGAGAGAAUGUGGAACGGGAAAUAGCGGACCUGCGGAGGAGGCUUUCAGAAGGCCAAGAGGAGGAAAACCUGGAAAAUGAAAUGAAGAAGGCCCAAGAAGAUGCAGAGAAGCUCCGUUCGGUCGUGAUGCCCAUGGAAAAAGAGAUCGCAACUUUAAAAGAGAAACUGACAGAAGCUGAAGAAAGGAUAAAGGAGCUGGAGGCUUCAAAGGUUAAAGAACUGAAUCAUUACUUGGAAGCUGAGAAAUCCUGUAGGACAGAUCUAGAAAUGUACGUAGCUGUUCUGAACACUCAGAAGUCAGUCCUGCAAGAAGAUGCAGAGAAGUUACGGAAAGAGCUUCAUGAAGUCUGCCAUCUCUUAGAGCAAGAACGACAGCAGCACAACCAGCUGAAACACACUUGGCAAAAGGCCAACGACCAGUUCUUAGAGUCGCAGCGUUUGCUGAUGAGGGAUAUGCAAUGGAUGGAGAUGGUGCUGACCUCGGAGCAGCUACGGCAAGUUGAAGAACUAAAGAAGAAAGAUCAGGAAGACGAAGAGCAGCGACGUCUUCAUAAAAGGAAGGAAGAUAAACAGAAAGGCACCGAUGACGAAUCAAAAGGAAUGGGCCCCACAGCCCACGACGAAUCCCUUCCACAGUUCCCUGGCGAUGAGGUGCAGAUAAACAGCACCCACGGCUCCGUCCACUCGCUCGACACGGACGUGCUGCUGUCUUCAGGGGAAUCUCUCAAGUCGGACAAUGACAUGUUCAAAGAGGGGCUACGUAGAGCACAGUCGACAGACAGCUUGGGGACGUCAGGAUCCCUCCAGGCCAAGAGUUUGGGCUACAACAACAAGGCCAAAUCGGCGGGCAACCUCGAUGAGUCCGACUUCGGGCCGUUAGUCGGGGCGGAUUCCAUGUCGGAGAACUUUGACACCGCCUCCCUCGGCUCUCUGCAGAUGCCCGGCGGCUUUAUGCUAACCAAAGACCAGGAGAAAGCGAUCACGGCGAUGACCCCGGAGCAGGAGGAGACGGCCUCGCUUCUCUCCAGCAUCACCCAGAGCGCAGAAAACGCUUACGUGUCCCCGAGCGGCUAUCGCUUAGUUAGCGAAACGGAGUGGAACCUCCUCCAGAAAGAGGUGCAAAACGCUGGGAACAAGCUGGGUCGGCGUUGCGAUAUGUGCUCCAAUUAUGAGAAGCAGUUGCAAGGCAUCCAAAUCCAGGAGGCCGAGACCAGGGAUCAGGUGAAGAAGCUCCAGAUGAUGUUGAGGCAGGUCAACGACCAACUAGAAAAAACGAUGAAUGAGAAGCAGGAGCUGGAGGAGUACAUGAAGCAAACCACUGAAGAUUCAGAAAAUCAGAUCUCAUCCCUUAUUGUUAGAGUCCAGGAGUCCGAGACCUUACUUAGCGAACUACAGCAGGCGUUUUCUCGAGCUAAGAGAGAUGUUCAAGAGCAAAUGGCCGUCCUGAUGCAGUCAAGGGAACUUGUCUCUGAGGAGCUGACGAGGCUUCAGAAAGACAACGAAAGCCUUCAAGGGAAACAUUGCCUGCAUGUCUCCCUGCAGCAGGCCGAGGACUUCAUCCUGCCAGAAUCCGGAGAGGAACUCCGUGAACUGGUCCUCAAAUAUCGUGAAGAUAUCAUCAGCGUACGGACAGCGUCGGAUCACCUGGAAGAAAAACUGAAGGCGGAAAUUUUGUUCUUGAAAGAACAGAUUCAAGCUGAGCAGUGCUUAAAAGAGAACAUUGAAGAGACUCUACAGUUGGAAAUUGAGAACUGCAAAGAGGAGAUUGCUGCUGCUUCCAGUCUAAAAUCCGAAUUGGAAAGAAUAAGAGCAGAUAAAGAGCAGUUGGACUGCGCCUUGAAGGAAAAAAUGCAGCAGUUGGAAAACUUCCAGGAAAGGAAAAACAGUCUCGAAGAGCAUCUGAAGAAGGAGGCAGCAGCAAAGGCUAACUUUGAGCAGCUGAUGUUUGAGGAAAAGAGCAAGGCCCAGCGACUGCAAACGGAACUGGAUGUCAGCGAGCAAGUGCAGAGGGAUUUCGUCAAGCUCUCCCAAACCCUUCAGGUCCAGUUGGAACGGAUCCGGCAGGCAGAUUCCCUGGAGAGAAUCCGUGGGAUCCUCAACGACACAAAACUGACAGACAUUAAUCAACUGCCGGAAACAUGACACCCUCGUUAGCGGGGCUCUAAGGCUGCAUUUCUGGGUUUGUUUGUUUUUUUUAAAAAAAAGAAACCCUCAUCUUUAUAGCAAAACAUUUAAUAAUUAUUAUUUAACUCUAACCGAAAGAGCAGAAGAUGACACAGGGGAACAGUGGUCCAAGCUGUUUCUGGAAGGGAGAGAAGGCUUUGCGUGGGGGCAAGAAAGUAGUGGAUUGAGAGAAAUAUGUGCAGGACCCUCGUGGUGGGGGGAGGUGUCUGCCGUCAGUAGGGCCAGGCUUCGCCGUCUCGUAUCCCCCCUUGCUUACUUUUCUUAAACUAACUCUUGGAACACAGCUCUCUCCUCUCUCUCUC